CCAGUGACUGACCCUGGGCCUUCACGUGCUGCAGGAAGAAUGGUGGCCAAGGGCAGACUGCUUGGGGAGAGGGAUGUGGCACCUGAAGCUCUGGGUUAGUAUGAAGAUGGAGAAGGGACUCGGGCUGCAGAGUUCCCAGGAGGGCCCUCAUGCUGGAGAAGGUUCAUGUUGGAACUGCAACUGCAACUGCUGUUUGGUGGGAAAACAUCCAUUCUUUCCCCUCAAGGGUUGACUCCAGCCCCUUCCAGAAGCCUCCUGAGUCACCAACCCCAGGUUCUCCGGAGUGGCUGUGUCCUGGGCUCCCUGGUGCUGCUUAGCCUGCUCUGGCAGCGUGUGGUGACAGGGGCUGCCCUUGAGAGCCGCCGCCAAGUGUAUAUGUCCUCCCGGCGCGCUGAUUGCAACAGAGCCUCACUCACUCGAGUGCACCGGCAGACCUAUGCACGCCUCUACCCUGUGCUCCUGGUCAAGCAGGAUGGUUCCACCAUCCACAUCCGCUACCGGGAGCCUCGACGGAUGCUCACAAUGCCCGUGGACCUGGACUCUCUGUCCCCAGAGGAGAGGCGUGCACGGUUCCGGAAACGAGAGGCCCAGGUCAAAGAGAAGGAGGAGGAGCCAGAGCUCGGUGACGACUUUGAUAUGGAGCAGUACAAGCAGUUUUGGACCAAAAAGUGAUGGUGCCUGGAAGCUGCUCUGACCGAGGGGGAUACUGUGGAGCAGGGAGGGGCAUGUGUUUUUAAAUCAUGUUUUCACAAA